AUGACCAACCAACUUGGAAAGUGGAGCGUUGAAGCAGGCGGGCAGUCCUUGCAUCCACGUCAGUACUACAAGGUACUAGGGCUGGAGCAGUUCGCCACCAGCAACAAGUUCAAGAGCUUCCAAUGCAUUUCCAGGCAGUCGACCGGCGAACGUCGGACCCUGCAGAUCGCUCUCUCGAAUGUGUCAAUGACACGGCCGUACAGCUGUACGUUCAACAAAACGCAGGGACUCCGACACGACCUUUUCGACCGCGACUCAGACCGUCGCCAGGUUUCUCAGGUCUUGCCAAAAUAUUUCGGACGGGGCGCGUUGACGUGUUCAACUCGACGCUAG